AUGCCGUCAAUUCUCUCCGACGCCGACAAAGAGACGGUCAAGCGCACCGUCCCUAAAGCUUCAAACAAGAUCCAAGCUGUGGCUGUCGCUCGACUUUACGUGGCCCAUCCUAACCAUAAACGAUGGACGUACACGGGUCUCCAGGGGGCUGCGGUUCUCUCCAACGACCUCGUGGGGAACACCUUCUGGAUCAAACUCGUCGAUAUCUCGCCUGCGAAUAGAGGAGUCAUCUGGGAUCAAGAAAUCUACGAUACCUUCCAAUAUAACCAGGAUCGCACCUUUUUCUAUUCGUUCGAGUUGGAACAAUGCAUGGCGGGCUUGUCAUUUGCCGACGAGAAGGAGGCCCGCCAGUUCAAGAAGAAGAUGGAUGAGCGGGAAAAGAAUGCUAGCAAACACACCAAGGCACAACCUUUCGCUUCAGCCCCCGGCGGAGGCCAGGUCUUCGUUCCUGGGGGAUCGCACAAACACUACAGCAGAGUGGGCAACUUCUUUCGUGGCCACAGGCACAGCUCCAACCCUAUCCAGACACAACAACCGCAGGCGGUUGCUCCCCAACCCAUCUACAGCCCGAUCACCUCGAAUCAUUCUCCGAACAUCGUAGGGGGAAUUGAUCUGGCUGAUCCAUCGUGGAGACCGAUUCUGGACGAGCUUCUUGUGAUGGGUAUCACUGAAGACCAAAUCGAACAGAAUGCCGACUUCAUCAAGAGUUACGUCGAGAAGAAGCAGGCCGAGGAAAUGGCAAGUUCUAUCGCCCAUGCCCUACCUUUGACUUCUGAGACGCGGUCAAGAGCUCCUCCACCUCCGCCUCCUGCAGCGCCCCCUGCUCCAAGAAUCAGCCCGGAGAAUACGGGUACCACGGCUUCGUCGAGCCGUCGAGGUCCUCCGCCAGCACCGCCGCCAUCGCGAAGACCUGCCCCUGGGAGGGCAUCGUCGCCCCCAAGGUCAAGUUCUCCUCCUCGGACACCAUCUCCGGCUCCCACUCCGCAACUAAGAUUUCGAGCGCCUCCGCCCAUCGCAGACGCAGGCAAAUACGCCGUCAAAGAAGGUCCAGCAGUUUAUACCUCAGGCCGGAAUCGUGCCUCCUCGGGUUCCCUUGCAAAUCCAGGUCCGCCGCCGCCGCCUCGACCCCCGAAGGCGCCCAUCGAAGAGGAGCCUGUCGGGAUGUUUAAGGUACCUCCCCCGUUUACAGGAGAACGUAAAUCCUCAGCUCCUCCCCCUCCACCAAGUCGUGGACCUGUUCCACCGCCCCCUCCUAGCCGGGAAAGCUAUACACCUUCUGCUCAGAUCGUACCACCGCCAUUGCCGCCCAAAGCAGGACCGUCACCAUCUCACACAACCGCUCCUGCUGCUAUCCCGCCUCCGCCACCACCUCCACCGCCGGGGCGGAAUAAUCCUCCGCCAUUACCACCCCCCAACACUCGUGCAGUUCCUCCUCCCCCUGCGGGAGCAGGGCCACCUCCGCCUCCACCUCCACCUCCUCCCCCAAUGCCCUCUUCAGCAGGACCACCACCACCUCCUCCUCCUCCUGCCCCUCCGAUGCCCUCUUCUGCAGGGCCUCCACCUCCUCCUCUUCCUUCAUCCUCUGGACCGCCUCCUCCCCCUCCUCUACCCGCUUCAGGGGCCGCCCCAGCCCCUCCUCCCCUGCCUCCCGUCGGAGGGGGUGGGCGCGAUGAUCUUCUCGCCGCAAUUCGCAGCACUGGAGGAACAACUAGCGGCCGUCUGCGCCGAGUUAACGACGCCGAAAAGCGUGACCGUUCGGCCGCGAUGGUGCCAGGAGCAGAUUCUAGCGCUGCCCCUCCACCUCCUGGUGCGCCUGGAACCCCGGCCGGAGGCUCAGAUGCACAGGGUGGACUUGCAAGUGCGCUAGAGGCAGCUCUCAACCAAAGAAAGAAGAAAGUCAGCGGGAGCGAUGACGAGAAGGACGACGAUGAUGACUGGUAA